AUGGUUUACAAGAAGCCCAGCCCAACAAGUGGUGCGAUGAAGCGAUCUGCUUCCGCGUUACACGAGGGGCUUCCUGGAUGGGAUAUCCCUCCACCUAUGAUGGCACCAGCAUAUCAUCCCCCCUCUCGCAUGCCAUACGCUCACUACGCCUUGAUCUACCUUGAUAAUGAAGGCAAGAUCAAAGUCGACGAAUCCGCCUCCAUCAAAGAACAAGACGCCACACUCUUCACUCCAGAGGUGAAGCAAAAUUUCCUCGAGAUCCUUGGCGAGCGCAUCGGUUACUGCCAGCCUCUUCGCCGCACAUUAAAAUCUUCCUCUGCCCGACGAGUCCGCCGUCGCGGCGCAAACACCCCCAGUCAAGAAGCUCGUCUCGCGGAUCCCGUUUCGGAUAGUGAGGAUAUGUCCAGCGGUAACUCUUACGAAAUGGCACCUCUUCGUAUCGGAGACACUGCCAAGGUAACGGCCUACUACGAGACUGCCUUAAAGCACUUCCAGCAGUUAAAUUGCCGCAUGAUCGCCAAGGCUUUCAUCAAGCAUAUUGAGCCUCGCAAGCAAGUCCGAUUCCCAUACAACGGCGGCAAGCCUCCAGCGGGAUCCCCCCGGGAGCCAGACCACCUUCGCAAAGAGUAUCGCAUUGAGCUCUUGAUUUACAUCAUCCGUGCCGGUAUCAGGAAUGCAACUGCCGACCGGCUCAAGGAGGUCGCAGGCGAUACCAAACGCAGUCUGAAGCAUCCGUCCCACAUUGAAAUCAUAUACGAGAUUCUGCGUGUUCGCAAGAUGGAAGAGCGCUUUGAGCGCGGAGAAGUUGAUGAGAACAUGGUCGUCUAUGUGACAAACCGCGGUCCUGGUCCUAAGGGCGAUGACGAGGAGGAAAUCAACAACGACAACACUGCCCCUACCAUCACACUUGCGGCACCUGAUUCUAUUGAAGAGGCUCUUCUUACUCCAAGCUCAAGUAUCGACCACGCGGCAUCUAUGGCGACGCCCAUUGAUCCUAUGACCAUUGGAUCAUCCCGAUCUAUUCCCACUGGCUUCUCUACAGCCCAACCUCUUACGUACGACAUGUCUCGACAGGACCGACACUACUACAACACACCACCCCAAUACACUGACUCAUUCUCUCAGUCCAUGAUGAACACUCCCGUCACAGCAGAGAUGAUCAGUCCCCAUGAUGUUUCAGUCUUCGACUAUUCCACCUCUCAAACAUUCCAUCCCCCUUCACCCGACCAAAAGUUCGAUCCGUGGACACCCAGUUUCCGACAGAUUCUCUUCAGCCCCGUGGAUUAUACCACUUCUCCAGUGACACACGGGAUGCCUCAUCCUGGAAUUCAGCAGUACACUGGCCUACCCAUGAUGUCUCCAUCUCAAAUGCAUGAGAUGGCCUCCUCCCACACACAAGCGCUCAUGGACCCCUCCGACCAACGGGCUCUCCCCUUUCGAAACGGCUCAAUCGGCCACUCUAACGAGCUGACUCUCUCUCACCCUGUCUAA